AGUGACGUUUCUUCACAGCUGUUGGUGAUUGUUUACAAACAAUUUACCUAGAUGUGGGAGAUAUUUUAGUGAACUGUGGAGCUGUGCUGUCCUUGCUGUAUUAUUCCCUUUUACUGCAUCAUGGUGAAAAUAGAGCUUUGUAUUUCCAACAUCUGUCGGCUUUGUUUGGGCGAAGACGAUACAAUUCCCGCAUCGGACGUUAUGAAUUCUUCCCUUACUACGGAACUCAUAGAAAAGUUCACCGGCAUUCAGAUUGACCCUGCAGGAAAACUGGCAUACGCUAUUUGUUUGCGAUGUAAAGCUAACCUACAGCGUUCGGUUGAAUACCGCGACGCCUGCCUCAACAAUGACAUACUGUUUAGGCAAUUGUUUUUCUCAAAAUCCAAUUAUAGCAACGAUUACACCGAUGAGACCAAAUGUAGCGCCGAAACAUUAGCGUGGGAUUCAGAAGCGAUUGAAUUUAUUAAUCCAGCUACAGAAACCACACCACUUGCUGUAGAGGACGGUGAUCGAUCCUGCUUCGAACAGUCGAUCCCGGAAUUUGAACCAGAACAAGACGAAUGUUCCAAUCCAGAAUCCGUUGCCGUUUGCGAACUGGAAAACACCAAUGAGCCGAAAGAAUCUCCCCAAAAACCGGGCCAUAAGCGGGCAAAACAGAAACAGCUGUGUGUGUUAUGCGGCAAAACAGUCACCUACUUAGCACGACAUCUCAAUAGCCACACCAAGAACAGUACCUACAGUUGUCCCCAUUGCUCCCAGACGCUUACGGACCAUUCCAACCUAAUGCGUCAUAUACGAGCGGUGCAUCAGAAAAAAGUAAUCAUGUUCUGCACACCGUGUGACCGGGGUUUUACGAGUAAAAAUUCGUAUGAUGCUCAUAUGCGUGCGCAGCAUAGCGUAGGAGAGCCUUUGGAAUAUGAAGCAAAGGAAAAGAGGAAUGUGUCAAGCAAAAUUCAAAACGAAGGAACUGGUUCGACCAAAUUCAAAAAACAGCUAUGCGUCACUUGUGGCAAACUGGUGUGCAAUCCGUCGCACCACGUUCGUAUUCAUACGAACGAGCCAACACUGUACGCUUGUCCGCAUUGUCCCACAAAAAUGAGAAAUCAGUCGAAUCUCGCACGCCAUAUACAAGCGGUACACUUGAAGAAAAUUGUAAAAUCCUGCGAACCGUGCGGGAGGGGUUUUGCUCACAUCAACUCGUACAAUGCGCACAUGCGAUCACGCCACGGCAUGGGUGAACCGUACAAGUGUGAAAUAUGCUCGAAAACGUUCAGGCAACCUAGCGGCUAUAAAAAGCACCUAUCCUCCACCCACACUAGCGAACGGAACUUUCCAUGCGCGAUCUGUGGUAAACCGUUCAAGGAUAAGCAAGCGUUGAAGCUACACAAAAGUGUACAUUCCACCGAUCGGCCGUACAGUUGCGCGAUGUGCCCGAAGCAAUUCAAAAGUUUAAAUGCCAGAAGGACACACGAGCUGACCCAUGUCGGGGUCGUGUUUCCGUGCCUGUUGUGUGAUAAAUCCUAUCAGUACAAAUCUCUGCUUAAUGCACAUGUAAAGAAACAUCAUUCCGAAGCCUCUUGAGAGCAGAAACAACGUAGAACUUUUGUGAAAGGUUUUGAAAUAAACGAAAGAACAUUUGAAUUCUUUACUAACCACCCUGUAAAUAAUUAACUGUCACAGCAAGCUUUGAGUGACGUUUCUUCACAGCUGUUGGUGAUUGUUUACAAACAAUUUACCUAGAUGUGGGAGAUAUUUUAGUGAACUGUGGAGCUGUGCUGUCCUUGCUGUAUUAUUCCCUUUUACUGCAUCAUGGUGAAAAUAGAGCUUUGUAUUUCCAACAUCUGUCGGCUUUGUUUGGGCGAAGACGAUACAAUUCCCGCAUCGGACGUUAUGAAUUCUUCCCUUACUACGGAACUCAUAGAAAAGUUCACCGGCAUUCAGAUUGACCCUGCAGGAAAACUGGCAUACGCUAUUUGUUUGCGAUGUAAAGAUAACCUACAGCGUUCGGUUGAAUACCGUGACGCCUGCCUCAACAAUGACAUACUGUUUAGGCAAUUGUUUUUCUCAAAAUCCAAUUAUAGCAACGAUCACACCGAUGAGACCAAAUGCAGCGCCGAAACAAUAGCGUGGGAUUCUGAUGCGAUUGAAUUUAUUAAUCCAGCUACAGAAACCACACCACUUGCUGCAGAGGACGGUGAUCGAUCAUCCUUCGAACAGUCGAUCCCGGAAUUUGAACCAGAACAAGACGAAUGUUCCAAUCCAGAAUCUGUUGCCGUUUGCGAACUGGAAAACACCAAUGAGCCGAAAGAAUCUCCCCAAAAACCGGGCCGUAAGCGGACAAAACAGAAACAGCUGUGUGUGUUAUGCGGCAAAACAGUCACCUACUUAGCACGACAUCUCAAUAGCCACACCAAGAACAGUACCUACAGUUGUCCCCAUUGCUCCCAGACGCUUACGGACCAUUCCAACCUAAUGCGUCAUAUACGAGCGGUGCAUCAGAAAAAAGUAAUCAUGUUCUGCACACCGUGUGACAGGGGAUUUACGAGUAAAAAUUCGUAUGAUGCUCAUAUGGUAGGUCGGGGACGUAGAGUUGUUGCUUUGUAAUCGUCAUUUUUUUAAAUUGAAUUUUGAACUGUUCUUUAGCGUGCGCAGCAUAGCGUAGGAGAGCCUUUGGAGUGUGAAAUUUGCUCGAAAACGUUCAAACAACUGAGCGGCUACAGGAAGCACAUUACUCUAUUUCACAAAAACGAACGGAACUUUGGCUGUACGGUUUGUGGAAAGCUGUUUAAAAGCAGGUCGGUAGGCACCUACGUUUGCUUUCCUUCAAUCCCGCUAAUCCAUUUUCUUUUACAAACAGACAAGCACUUCAGCACCAUGGCACGGUACACUCGUCGAGCCGGCCCUACGCGUGCGGAAUCUGUUCGAAACGAUUUAAAAGUCAAUUUGCCCGAUCUACCCACGAACUAGCACACAGUGGGAACAUUUUCCCGUGCUCGGUUUGCGAUAAAUCGUAUCGCUACAAGUCACUGCUUAGCCAGCACGUCAAAAAAGUACAUCCUGAGAAUUGUUAAAUCAUUUUCAUUAUUGUUUGUCUUUUACAUUCAACAUAAAUCGAACUGUAAUUGCGCAUUGCAGAGGAUUUUCUUUGAAAUUUAAAAAAUAAAUAAUGGAAUUAAAACCA